UACAGGCACAGUGCAAUCAUGAACCAAACCGAAGUUCUUCAGGUUUUGAUGGGGAUCUUGUUGUGCUCUGUAAAUGGGUUACUGGGACUGGGUUCAGCUCUGGACUGCUCAGAUCAGGAUCCUACAGGCACAAGGUGUUCCAUUUCUGUAGAGAAACUUCUAGAUCGAGCCAUCCAGCAUGCUGAGCUCAUCUAUCGCAUGUCAGACGAGGCCAGGACAUUGUUUGAGGAGAUGUUUAUCCCUUUAUCGAUAUCUGCUUAUCAAGGCCAUUUAGGCAACUCUUGCACAUCCAGUCUUGUGCAUAUUCCUACAUCCAAAACGGAAAUUCAACAAAUUUCGGACAAAUGGCUUCUCCACUCAAUCCUGAUUCUGGUUCAGUUCUGGAUUGAUCCCCUGGCUGACCUGCAGGAUUCUCUAGACAGGUAUGACAAUGCUCCCAGUGCCCUCCUCAGCAAGACCAGGUGGAUGUCAACUAAAUUGAUGAACCUUAAGCAAGGAGUACUUGUCCUUAUGAGUAAGAUGCUGGACGAAGGAGGCCUGGAUUUGGAAAAUAAUGAGAGCUUGGCACGUCACCUUGCUGUUCCUGCCAUGGAGGAGCAUGUACUGAGAGACUACAAUGCGCUAUCAUGCUUCAAAAAGGAUGCUCACAAAGUGGAAACGUUUCUAAAACUGCUUAGAUGCCGCCAUACAGAUAACCUGAGCUGCUCCCUUUUCUAGCCAUGUCAAAAGCUCUAUGUUGGGCUUUUCAGAAAAUGGACUUCCACAUAAAAAUAUAUAUAUUUUAAAGUUUGGAAAAUAUGCACAAUAAAGACAAUAUAUCUUUUUUGCAAA